AGCAUUGCAGCACUUCCAAAGGGCACAAGGUCACCCAGAACCAGGAUGUUCUCCUCCACUGAACACAAGUGAUAGGAGUAAUGCUGAUCCCAGGGUUGCGGUGGUGAUUUGGGGAUCAGAGCUGGCUACUAAAAAGGGUGUGCUUCUGAUGCGACAACAUGGCAGUGGUACAGAUUAUCAGUCACCAAACGUCCAGAUCACACGGGGUUAUGAAGUUGGUUAGAUUUGACAAGACGUGAUGCCUGGAGAGAUCACACCAGGCAAGGGGAAAAAAGAGGGAGAGACGGAUAUACAAAGUCAGACUUUGCUGAAUACCUAAGAAAACAAAGCUGAAUGCUAAGCCACUGAACAUUUUGAAAAGGCAAAGCUUCAAUGGAGCUACAUUGUUAUAUCAUCUCCCAUGAGAAAACGGGGCCUUCUUAUACUGUCACUAGAGCUGAGCACUUCACAGCAAACAAUUCAUUCACCUGAAAAGGGUUUUCAAGAUGGCUGCAUGAACACUUCCAUUAUGAAUACAUAUACAGUUUGGAAGCCUUUUACAGCAGUUCCUGAAGCAGACUGGGACCAGAAGAAUCCCCUGAAAAUAUGGCUUCCUGCAUGGUGUUAGGUGCUGUCAGCUGUGGUGUAUCCAUUGCCAAAAAUUAAUCAAUCAUACUACAACAAACUGGACCUCCUCUGCAACACUGAGUUUGUGUAGAGCAGGGAUUUUCCUCUAUGAUCAGAAGAAACGAUCAGCUGAAGUUCAAUUCAGACAGCCAAGCACAUUUCACUGCUAAAUAAAGCAUAUCUUUUUAACCCAGAGAAUAAAAGGUGAAAAUCACUGUGUUACCUACCACCAUACAAUAGGUAUAAGACUUGCAGGGCUAACUUUUGCUUUCAGUUAUGUUGGUGAAAAUCCAGAGCAACACCACUGGUCAGUCAAUGUAAAUGAGGUCAGAAUUUGGCCUAUAUUCAUUAAAAUCUUAUAUUUGUGAUGACUGUAGCGCCAAAAAUACCCCUUACAAUGAAGAAGCAUCAUUUAUAGAGGCUGAUAAGAAAAAGAUACAUCAUUUAACUAAGAAAAAGAGCUAAGCUACAUCCUAAUCACCAUUGGAAGAGAAAAAUACAAGUAUUUCAAAUGUAUUAAGUGAGUCUUCAGAGGUACAACGUUGCAGGUUGUCAUGGCAACUUUUCUCACUCCUUCCUACUGUUUUUGGCAAGUUUAUAUAUAAUAAAAAGACAACGUAUUUAUAUGCCUUCCUAGUCCUUUCCUCCAUCACAGUAUGAGUGAGAUGGUUUCAUGAAAAAUGAAGAGCACCCAAAACAUCAGGUUACAGCCACUUCCAGGGGACGUGGUGAAAUCAGCUCUCCUGUUUUCCAGAAGCAUACAUUCUUCCAGCUGAGACCUACUGGAACCACACUCCCCUUCCUUUUCAGGAUGAAGACAAUUAAUUGUUACUUGCUGUUACUUUGCUGGAAAGCAAUUUGUGGUAAUAUCUGUGAGCUGUCCAAUAUCACCAUAGCAGUGGAGAAGGAGGAGUGCAGGUUCUGCAUUAGUGUGAAUGCCACUUGGUGCUCUGGAUACUGCUUCACAAGGGAUCCAGUGUAUAAGUACCCCCCAGUAUCAUCAGUUCAGCAAACCUGUACUUUCAAGGAGCUUGUUUAUGAAACAGUGAAGAUCCCUGGAUGUGCUGACCAUGCUGAAUCAUUUUAUUCAUACCCAGUGGCUACCGAGUGCCAUUGUGAGUCAUGUGAUACUGACAACACUGACUGCACUGUGAGAGGCUUAGGACCAAGCUACUGCUCCUUCAACCAAAACCAAAGCAAAGAAUAAGAAGUACUGGAGAUGUUAGUUUAGUUUUGGUUUUCUGUUUUAAAUAUGUAAAUGUAUUGUAUUAAAAUGGUACAAAGAGGGCAGGACAGCAAACAAAGAAAUUUACAUACAGCCAAGUUUAAAACAAUUAUAUUAGCAAUAUAUAAAAUGGAGAGCUACAGCUUAUAUUUGUCUUCAGUGGCUUCCUCUCACAUUACAAAUCAAGGUCAGUUUCCUUUUGAUCAACUUCAUUAUCCUUCCGACAUUUUUGCCCUUAUCUCAGCCAACACUCCCUUCCAUUCUCUACACACCUCCAUUCUGUCUUCCCUCAUGGCUCCAUUUGUCUCCUGCUGCUCUCAGC